AUGGCGCUAGAGAGGUUUAUCAGUCAGAAGAAGAAGAAGCGAUUGUUAGACGGAUUGGACGUAAAGUGCUUGUUUUUUGGUGCAAGUAACAAGGAAGACAAAGUCACCAACGAGGAAGAGUCAGUUGUAGAAAACAUCGAAACCAUGGCGAGAUUCUCCCACGCCAUUCAGACACAAUUACCAGUCACGUGGUUGACUAGAAGUCUUGAGCUGAUCCACGACCUCCUUGUCUGGUUUCUAACGUACUACUGCAUUACUCUGGCUGCUACUCUAGCUAUGAAAUCUGCUUCCUUCGCUGUAGAUUCUACUUCGGCUGGACGCAAUCGUCAGAACUCACUAUUCGAUGGUGUUGAUAGCCCGGAUCUGCUCAAGCGACUGGAAGCACAGGAAAGUCUUCCUUCUUACAUUAAGCUGUUGAUUGGUGUCCUGAUUGAAACUAAAAAAGAGAUUUCUGAUCUAAGUCGUCUCUGUGAUUCCAUCCUCGCCGAGAAUAAAGUUCUUCGAGAGGAGAACGAAUCUUUGAAGUCCCAACUAAACAUUUUGUUACCAUCUCCAGGUGUGAGCGCCUCAAAAGAAUUUAGUUCCAGUUCCUCUCAAACGCAGAACGCGGAUUCGAGUUCAUCAAAAAUCGAUCCUGAUAUGAGUCGUUCGAUUGUGGUCUCGGGCGUUCCAGAAGGUCAGUCGCCCAACUCGGUCGAUAGAGCACAACAUGAUCUGCAUUGUGUACUCGCUCUUCUCAACUUCUUAGGUGUGGAAUGCUUACCUCCUCUAGUUUUUCGCAUGGGUGUUAGGAACAGUUCUCGUCCAAGAUUACUUAAGGUCAUUCUUCCAAAUGAUAGGUUUCAGAAAGAAGUGAUUAGGCUAGCUCCUCGCUUACGUUUUUUUCCUCAUAAAGGGGUCUACAUUCGGCCCUCGUUGACCAGAGAGGAGAGAAUGCGCAGGCGAGAAGCUCAUCGUGCUGGUUCUGUUCACAAUGACAACUCUGUUGCGAAUGGUGUACUCCAAGCUGAUUCGGCCAAUGUCACAUUCUUUACUCUACUUCAUUCAAACUAUGAUCUUGUUCUUUUAACGGAGACUUGGUUAAAUUCGAACCAUGACACAGCACCCCUUCUAGGUAUUAUAAAUUCCCAGUUUGAUGUCAUCCGCUGUGAUCGGCUCCAUAAGAAAGGAGGAGGAGUUCUUGUACUAGUCCGCAACACUCUUUCUUUUGAGAUUGUUUUCAAAAAGUCCCUUAAAGAGGCAUAUGAAAUACUUGUUGUAAACUUGUUUGUCCGAGCCUGCUAUGAGGCACCCUGCCUACUGGUAGGGGAUUUUAAUCUUCCCGAUGUGGAUUGGAACUCGGUCAACUGUAGCGCUGGUUGUUGCGCCGUAACUAAAGAAUUUGUGGACAUGUUUUAUUCCCAUAAUUUUGUACAGUAUGUAAAAAGCCCCACACGUGGCUCCUCGUAUCUCGAUCUGAUCUUUUGCAACGAUGUCGCGUUGAUCGGGGAGGUUGAAGUACUGCCCCCCAUUGGCAGCAGUGAUCAUGCAUCCGCUGAAUUCACUCUCAACGUUAGUCCACCCACCGUUACUCAGCGAAAAUGGGUAAGAGAUUUUAGCAAAACUAAAUAUGAAGCCAUCGAACAAUAUUUAGGAAACAUUGACUGGGUUGGUUCCUUCUCUACG